AUGGCGGCCGCGUCGACGGAAUCUUCUCCCCCGCCGAAAGCGCACGCUUUCGACGUUGUCGUGCCAGUAGGCACAUCGGCGGACGAUCUCAUUGAUGGGAUAUCCGCCAUUGUGGGGCUGCCCGAAAUUUUCUCGGCGCAGCACCUAGGAGGUACAAACUUCCAAGUCGUCGUCAACACCCGUGCAGCCGCCCUCAAGCUUCGUGAGGCCGGCAGCGUCUCCAUCGCCAACCAGUCAGUCCCCAUCGUGCCGACGGGUCCGCAGGUGACGAAUGUGACUUGCCUCUUCCUGCCGACGUUUGCGCGCAACGACCAGCUCGUCCAAGCCCUGGCCCCGUACGGCAAAGUCAUCGACGUCGCCUACGCAACCUACCACCGAACGGCGACUGUGAAAACAGGAACCCGCUUCAUCCGCAUGGAGAUGAAGGAGGCUAACCCCCUGCCCAACUUCCUGCGCGUCGCCGGACAUCGUGCUACUUUUGACUACCGCGGCCUGAAGCGCGUAUGCCGACGCUGCAGGCAGGAGGGCCACGUCCGGGCACAGUGUACGACGGGCUACUGCGACCGCUGCGGUGUCUUCGGGCACCCAACCGAGGGCUGCACUGCCAACUGUGGACGCUGCGGUGGAACCCACGCGACUGUGGACUGCACGGCCAAGAGAAGCUACUCCUCCAUGGUCACCGGAAACUACGCCACCGAUUUCCCGGCCCUGGACCCAGGAAACGCGACCCGUCCCAUCGCCCCCGAAGCUCCGGCCGUACCAACCGUCUCCACCGUCGCCCCUCCGGCACCACCUGACGCCGCAGCCGCGGCCGCACCACCGCCUCUUCCGUCGCCGCCCCCACCCGCCCCACCUGAGCCAAGCCCGACCGGCUCGGGGGUGACUUCAGCCGAAGCGACGGACUCUGCCCGAACCGCCGCGGUUAUUGUCGGCGACACCACCUAUGCAGCGUGGAGCCAAGCGUCGGGUGAUGGCGAGGUGUCCAGCGACAGCGACCACCUCGUCAUCGACGAGAACCCCGCUCCAGGAGCAGCGGUUCCCGCUCAACUGACAGUGGGGGCCCACGAGCCACGUGCCCCAAGAAACCGCGAAAGUCCUCCCCCCGCGUCGGGACCCCUCUCCAGCAUCGUCCGACAGCUCCACGUUUUAAUCAACACGCCGGCGUCCCUAUCCCCCUUUUUACUUUAUACUGGCCACACUUCGCAUAUUAUCCCUGAAUGUGCGGGGCUUUCGAAACCCAGCGAAGCAAACUGA